CAUUUCCAAAAAAAAAAAAAAAAAAUUAGGUUUAUGUUCGGUUUUGUUGCAGAUACUCAGUGGUCUGGUCAGUACUAAGACCAGUUCUUUAUUCUUUUAUUUCUUUUUUCUCUGAUCCCAAUCUAAUCUCUAACUGAUUUUUAUUUUUUUUAAUAAUAGUAAUUAUUGAAAUCCCAAUUCUAAUUCAUCAAACCCUAGAGAGAGAAAACGGGGAGAGAGAGAGAGUCUCGAGGUAACCUGGUCCGAGUGUGGAUUCUAGAGAGAGAAACGCAAUCUCUGAGUGAGAGAGAAAAGCCCUAACAAUUUGGCAAUGGCGUCGUCCAAGGUGUUGGCGUCGUCAAAUUCGAGAAACUCGGAUCUCUCUCGAAAGUCCUCUUCCGCUUCUUCUUCAGCUGUUAGAAGACCCAAACUAUCGUUCUCUGAUCAGCAGGCUCAUAUCACCAACAGUAACAACAACGGUGGUGAUCACACUGCUAAACCCUCGAUGACCGUCGAUGGCUUCCUUCGCAACGUUUACGACGCUACUCCCGCUGCUGAGUCCACUCUUUUAGACGCACAAAUCACUCUGAUCGACCCGACUCCAAUAGCCUCCGUUUCGGCCGCGGCGGUGGCUACCGGCGAUUUGAAUUCCGGCAGCAUUGGCUCCUCCAGUGCUCCGAAGACUGUUGACGAAGUGUGGCGGGAGAUCAUCUCCGGGGAUAGGAAGGAGUGUAAAGAAGAGGAGCAGGACAUGGUGAUGACGCUCGAGGACUUUCUGCUUGCCAAAACUGGGAUCGCCUCCGUGGAGGAGGAGGAUGUGAAGUCGCUGCCUGCUCCGCUGACUGAGAGCUUGAGCAGUGGGCUGUUCUCUUUUGAUUCGAUCCCGCCGAGCCCCUUGCAGGCCUUGGACAACGUCGAAGGGUCGAUAAUUGGGUUCGGAAAUGGGGUUGAGGUGAUAGGAGGAGGGGGAGCUGGAGGAAGAGGGAAGAGAGGGCGCAAUGUUUUGGAGCCGUUGGAUAAGGCUGCGCAGCAGAGACAGAGGCGAAUGAUCAAGAACCGAGAAUCGGCUGCCAGGUCCAGGGAAAGGAAACAGGCAUACCAGGUUGAAUUGGAAUCGUUAGCAGUGAGACUUGAGGAGGAGAACGAUCGGUUGCUCAAAGAGAAGGCUGAGAGAACUAAGGAAAGGUUUAAGCAGCUUAUGGAAAAAGUCAUACCAGUAGAAGAGAAGCGACGACCACCACGUGUUCUCCGAAGAGUUCGUUCUUUGCAGUGGUAGGGAACAAUAUUAAUAUUAUAAUAACAAAAACUGUCCAGACGGAGAGAGGGAAAAGAAUAGCAUAUUGUUGUUGGAUUCUGAUCUCCUAAAUCAAUACCAUACUGUCAAGAAAUCGGUGUUUUUCGAUAUGAAGAAAAGGGAUUGUAACCUGAAUUAUGAAGGAAAGAUCCUUGUUACUAAAACAGAAAAGAGUAGUCCAUCAAUGGAGAUAGGUUAGUUUCUUCUGUUGAUAUAUUAAGAGUAGUAGGUAUCAUUAGCCAUGUAUGCAAAACUUCUUUUCCCCCAAAUUGUUGCUGUGAGGGAAAGAAGCUCAUCCUUGAGAUCAGUAUUGUGUAAUUAAUAUUUAUGGGCAUAGCAUGAGAUGAGAUCUUUCUUUUCCCCAAUUUGUUGUGAGGGGAAGGAGCUGCUUCAUUAUUAUUAGUUAAUUUAUGAGUAAUAGGACAUUGGUGGUUUACAAAAUGUCAUCUUCAUUAUAUUACUAGAAAUUUGUAAUAGGCCCUCUGUGAUUAACUCAAACUUAUUCUAAUUGUUGUUUUAAUGCUUUAUUUACUCUUAAACCUAAUAAGAUAAGGGCCCUCUGCGACUUGUGUUUGUUUUAUGGUAGAA